CGCACUUCUAGAGGCUUUAUCAGAAGUACGAGCUAUGCUGAGCGACAAUUUGAGCAACGACGGCCAAGUUAUAAACCGCCUGCGGGAACUUGUCGACCAAAGUGUGGAGUCUACCAAUACGAUCAUCGCAUGUUCCUCCCAUCAGCUCAGAAUCGCGGACGAUGUGCUCGCGUUGUCAAAGCUCGACUCCAAGCUUUUACAACUUGCACCAAACCCUGCACAGGUCAUAUCACUACUUUCUGAUAUCAAGAAGUCGUACGAAGCAGAAGCCGCCAACCAACUGGUCCAAUUGGUGACGCAAGUCGACCCUUCUCUUCAGGAGCUGAAGAUUGAUUGGAUAAUGCUUGACAUGGGUCGUGUGCGUCAGAUUCUGGUCAACCUCACUUCCAACGCCUUAAAAUUCUCCAGGAAACGGUCCGUCCGAAAAGUUACUAUUCGUAUGGGUGCAUCGGUUUCACCGCCAACUCAAGCUCUACUCGGUGUAAACUUCGUGUUGAGCAAGAAGUCAUACGAACAGAGCCGCGAGAGCUCGGAAAACCAACCCGUCUAUCUAUACUUCACUGUCACGGAUACCGGAACAGGCUUGACAGCAGAACAAAAGGGCAAACUGUUCAGUCGAUUCUCACAGGCCUCGGCUAGGACAUACAAUGACUAUGGCGGCUCUGGCUUGGGUCUCUGCAUCAGUCAGCAGCUUUGCGAAAUGCAGGGAGGAAUGAUUGGUCUAGAGUCUCAAGCAGGCAUAGGAUCAACCUUCGCUUUCUUCGUCAAAGCUUAUCGUACGAGCUGUCCCGAACCUUUGAAAAGCUCACCCGUCAAAUCCAGCUCAAUCCCUCGAACCGACAUGGUACAUCCAAAAAGCAGAAUCAGUGUUCUCGUGGUCGAAGACAAUGUGGUGAACCAGAAAAUAAUGAAGAUGCAGCUUGUCAAACACGGCUACCAAGUCGCAGUCGCAGAUAACGGACAAGAAGCCUUGGAUUUCAUUCGCUCGACGCGACACUGGCGUGAAAACCGCAAUAUUCUGGACAGAGAAGUCGAUUUGAUCCUCAUGGACGUCGAAAUGCCAAUUCUGGACGGCCUUUCAGCGACAAGAGAAAUUCGCGAGUAUGAGAAGAACGGCUUGAUUUGCGAUCACAUUCCGAUAGUGGCCGUAUCAGCCAAUGCAAGGGCCGAGCAGAUGACGCAAGCGAUAGAGGCUGGUAUGGACGACACAAUCACGAAGCCGUUCCGCAUGCCAGAUUUGAUCAAAAAAGUAAUCAUGAUCACCUCUGCGACGGCCUCCUAGAGUGGAGAGUAUGCAGAAACAUAAUACUGCAUUGAGGCCUAAGAUUUGAUGGCCAACGCUAUGUACUUGAGCUCAUCUUUUUCUCGACCAAAGGAUAU